AUGAACGUCGACGAGCUCUUCAAAAAACCGUCCUCCACAGGCAAUGCCAAGCGCAAAUUCGAGCCCGUCCAAGAUCCAAAUGAAGUCUACAAGUCCGCGAAGCUAGACUCGAACGGCGAUGCACGGUCUAAAGGGAAGGCAUCUAUGGUCGAAGAUGAAGCCGAGGACGGCGAAGCUGGGCCCGAGCUCCCUCCGGACUUUGACGAGGAGGAUGUUCCAGACGACGAAGAGGGACGGUUCUUCGGAGGUGGAAUGGACCGAAAGACAACACAGGCAAUGGAGUACAUUGACCAGCAAGAGGACGAUGAGACUGCGCCCGAGAAGUUCGAUUCCGCAUGGGUGCGACGCUUUGCAUUGAACUUCGAGCGGAAGAUCUCGAAGAAUGCUGAAUUGCGGGCAAAAUUUGAAAGCGAUCCUCAAAAGUUCAUGGUCUCCGAGGCCGAUCUCGAUACUGAAAUCAAGGGCUUAUCAAUCCUAUCUGAGCAUCCUGAGCUUUACGAAGAGUUUGCGAAGAUGGGAUGCGUUGGGUCUCUGAUUUCUCUCUUGUCGCACGAGAAUGCAGACAUUGCGAUCGAUGUCAUUCAGAUCAUCAGUGAAUUAACGGAUGAGGAUGUGGAAGCCGAGCAAGAACAAUGGGAUGCUUUGGUAAAUGCAAUGAUGGAAGCCGAUCUCAUUGAAUUAUUGGCACAAAAUCUCUCACGACUUGAUGAAGGAUCGGAGACAGACAGAGCCGGAGUAUAUUACGUGCUAGGUGUACUGGAAAACCUGGCUUCCCAGACUUCCCACGCCGAGACAAUUGGACAGGAUGGUUCAAUCUUGCCAUGGAUUCUCUCCCGCAUCCAGAAGAAAGAAGCUGUUGUUAGUCAGAACAAGCAAUAUGCUGCUGAAAUAUUGGCGAUUCUUCUCCAGUCAUCACCAAAGAACCGCUCGAAGUUUAUCGAGAUGGAUGGCAUCGAUGUCCUUCUCCAAUUGCUCAGCGCUUACAGGAAACGUGACCCAGUGAAAGAUUCUGACGAAGAAGAAUACGUGGAGAAUUUGUUUGAUUCUCUUAUCUGCCUCGUCGAAGAAGACGCGGGCAAGCAGAAGUUCGUGGAGAACGAGGGAAUUGAACUAGCAUUGAUCAUGCUCAGAGAGGGCAAGUUCAGCAAGUCUCGCUCGUUGAGAGUACUUGAUCACGCUUUGGGUGGAGUUGGAGGUGCCCCGGCAUGCGAGAGAUUGGUGGAGGCGGCUGGCCUGAAGACCAUUUUCGGGAUGUUCAUGAAGAAGCAAGAGGGACAAAAUAUCGAGCAUUUCUUGGGAAUCUUUGCUUCCCUUCUGCGUCUCCUGCCUGGUGGCUCUGCGCCACGUAUCCGGGCACUAGCAAAGUUCAUGGAAAAGGACUACGGAAAGAUAGAAAAGCUGGUCAAGCUGAGGCGCGAAUACGCAUCGCGCGUGUCACCUGUUGAACAGGCCAUCGCGAAAGAGCGCAGAACCUUUGACAAGGAAGAGCAAGAACUCAUGGCUGGUGAAUGGCUGUCGAGGCGGUUCGAUGCCGGUCUGUUCUCAUUACAGACUAUCGAUGUCAUCUUGGCAUGGCUUAUUGCCGAGGAUGAUGGAGCCAAGCAGAAGAUCCUCGCACUUCUUGCGGACCGCGAUGAAGACUUGUCUCUGAUCCGUAGUACGCUACAGGAACAACUCGAAGGACUUGGAGAGGAGGAACCAGGUCAGAAAGACUUCAAGGAUAUGCUGAGCACACUUCUUCAGUUUGUUUAA